GGGGUUGGAUUUUCGUUGAUAACCUCAAAAAUCCCAAGUGGAUUUGGGUCUUACACGGUGAACCUAAGUCCAAACCCAACAUCCACGCCCCCUACGACAGCAGAUGGAGGUCUGUAGGAGCCAAGCGAAUGGAAGACAGGAACACCGGCUUCCGUAAGGAACAGGUAAUCUGCGAAGCAGAACUGCUUGAUGAAAAACAAAGACUGCAAUCAGUGAAAGAAUUGCAUGAAAUUGGGCAAAAUGCAGAGAAGGCCCAACUAAAAAACCUAAGAGCCAGAACAGCCCAAGAGCCACAAACGGACUCAGCUUGCUCGACGCCCAAAUCCACAGUCUCCAAAACCCAGGUAGAGGAUAGCCUCUGUAUCCAUGGAUCCCUAAAGCGCAAACCGGAUGAAUUAGAAAGAGAAAUAGAGGCUAGUGUCACGGGGAAAAGAAAGCAACAAUCGGUAGGACUGGCAAGUGCCCUACCGACAAAUAUGGGGAUGAAUGGGAGUGAAAACUUUAAGCAAUCAAACACGCUGCAUGGAGACAACAGAGUUCUACCAAAUGAAGAAACAACAUCAAUGAAGGAAGAUUCGUCUUCUUGGGACAAGACAGCUGGCCCGGAAGGAGGGGAGGAGGACAUGGAUUGUUCUCUAACCUCAGGAACGUGUAAGAAAAGGGAUAGAGCAACGUCAAAUGCAACUCAGUCCUCCACGGAAGAAGGGGGGAAGCAGGCAGAUGAGGACGACGAGGAAUCUGAGGGUGAGUUGAAGGAGGAUGACACGAAGAUGGAGGAGGAAGACAAGGAGUCCCUUGAAUAUGUACAGCAGUACGUCAAGUCACUGGAGAGGGCAAGAUCAGUGGAAUCCAAAGUACGAUUGGCACAUCACAAACACCUCCGAAAUCUCAGAGCAGUGACGACAAUGGCCAACGACAUAAACACGGAAAACAAGUUUGAAGUGUUAGAGAAAGAAGGGGAGAUCAACGAAUUCUAUGCAGCACAAUACAGUCUGAAAACGAAGGUGGAAAAUGAGAAGAUGAAGGUGAAUCUGAGCAGUUAUGGACAACACUUCACAUGGCCCAAACCCUACGAAGAGAAAAACGAAGGAAAGAGGGCCAAAAGGCAAAGAAACACAGCAAGCAAGUCAAAGGCAGAAGAACAAACAAAUCAGACCACAGAGGACUCAGAAACUGUAGACGAGCUCAAUAGACAAGCUGCCAUUCUCGAAGCUCAAGUCAAUGCCUUACGGGAUCAGAACAGGGAAUUGGAUGACAACUGUCUAAACCUCAAAGACAUUGUCACAUGGUACAACAAAGAAAUAGAGGCAGCGGCCAGACUCGAUGCCCUCACCAAUCCCAAACAGCGCACAGUAAUCCCGUACAGAUGGAACACCACAUACGAAACCUGGGAAAUCGCAUACCACGUUGUUAACAGCUAUCUCCGCGUGGGCAAGAUGGAGAUCCCACUGCUGGUCGUCACGAACAAUCUUUCGGAGAAUAUCUCCGAGAGUCCUGUUCGUGAUCUCGGUCUGACCAUCAGUCUGAGGAUGGUAAGACGAGGAGAAGCGGAGCUGAGUGUCGUACACCUCGUGGAGCCGUCGCCAGAAUCGGCUGGUAAAGCGCGGGUCACGCUUGGCGUAGAAGCCAUGUCUGCGCAAGAGGUCAAGGACGUCGCGGAGGUGUCUGAGGUGCUCCUCAAGGAUACGACUGUAGACCAGGAUAUCGUCGAGGUAGACGAGAACGUACUGCUCCAGGAUGUCCCUGAAGACGUCGUUCAUCGCCCUCUGAAAGGUAGCGGGAGCAUUAGUGAGGCCGAAUGGCAUCACCGUGAACUCGUAGUGGCCGAAUCGCGAUCGGAACGCGGUCUUCGACUGGUCGGUUGCAGCGACGUGGAUCUGAUGGUAACGGCUACGAAGAUCAAUCUUCGUAAAGAAGCAGUUGCCUGCUAGGCAAUCGAACAGCUCAUCGAAACGAGGCAUGGGGUAGCUGUUCUUAACCGUGUAGCGGUUGAGACCGCGAUAGUCGAUGCAGAGACGGAGAGUUUCGUCCGCUUUGCGAGCAAAGAGGACGGGUGCACCCCACGGGGAGUUGCUGGGUUUAAUGAAACCCAGUCUCAGGA